CCUUUUUUUAUUUUCUUCAUUAUGGAUUACGAGGCGUAUUUUCAGAAGCAAUUGGAAAUCUUUCAUUACCAUUUGCGAUCUGAUUAUGGGCUUUUCAUAAGAGUGGCAACUUGCAUUGCCUUUGGUGCGCUUUGCGGCUGGUUCAUGGGCUUCGUCACUUGGAUCGUUUAUAAGCUAGCCGUGCGGCUGGGCGGUGUGCCAUUGACACACUACCGAUAUCCCGAGGAUGAUGACUUGGAGCUGGAGGAUGAAUGCGACUGCGAAUGCAAAAUGAAAAACUCUAAAGUUUGCCAGCACGUUUAGUGCAUGCAUAAUAAUUUAUAAACUCAAACAUAUGAUGUAGUUAUCAUACCAUAUAAUAAUCAAAUAAACAGGUUUUGCAAGUCCCCACCAUUAAGCUUCUUUACCGUAUGCCAUUCAAAAGCCAAAAGCCGUACAACACCCCUCCACCCCGCACUUCAUUAGCAUCGAUAUGGGCAAAAUCAGUGCACAGGGAAGUCUAGCAAUUGCCUGUUGUAAAUAUGCACAGAGAAAACAUAACUCCGCAGCGAAAAAAAUGGCAAAAAGUAAAUAAAGUAAUAUUUGUCAUGCUCAAAUAGACAACAAGGAGCGGUAGCUGUCGUCGUUCGUGGAAAAAAAGGGAAAGAAGAGUAGCAGCUCAAUAUAAAAAAUUAUUAUAGAAAUCGUUAAAAAAAGCUUGAUAUCUAUCAAAAAGCAUCGGUAACUGGAAGUGCACUUGGGAAUGCAGUGAGGCGGUGUGCUGAAAAGGGACCUGCCAUCGUUUGCUCUUCUUUGCCUUAAAUAUUUACGGGGAAGCAAAGUGCAUUGACAUCGCCGACUUAUUCUGUAUUCAUUGACUGCCUUUAAUGUUAAAAAAAAGCUGUACAAAAAUUACAACUAAGAGAAAAAUGUGAAUUUUUCUUCCAUGCAAGCUUAGUCUCCACACAAGUUACAUUUAAAUUAAACAGACAUUAUUUCUUGAAUUCUUUAAAAAGUACUGACUA